UAGGCGUGGUUUAUACAUUUGUGGCUGGGGUAACCAGUGACGACCCAUUGGUACUGCUAGCGGAACACGGGCCCCCAUAUUGAGCUUGGCUGCGAGCAGUACGGUUGUAGGAAGCUGCACAUACCCAGGGAUGGUCUUCCUUUAAUGCAUUUCAAUUAGACACAGAUGGUAAGGGUACAGUAGGGGUUUUCUUUGGGAAUAUUGCACCAUAACUUGUUCAGAGAUGUCGACGCGGUCGGAGAGAGAAAAAGCCCAGAAACUGAAUGAGCAGCAUCAGGCCAUUCUGACCAAAAUGCUCCGAGAGGACGACAACAAGUACUGCGCUGACUGCGAGGCUAAAGGUCCGCGGUGGGCAUCGUGGAACCUGGGGGUCUUCAUGUGUAUCCGCUGUGCUGGCAUCCACAGGAACCUGGGCGUCCACAUCUCCAGAGUCAAAUCUGUCAACCUGGACCAAUGGACCCAAGAACAGAUCCAGAGUAUGGUAGACAUGGGGAACAACAAGGCCAAACAUCUGUAUGAAGCCCACCUCCCAGACAACUUCAGACGUCCACAGACCGACCAAGCAGUGGAGUUCUUCAUCCGGGAUAAGUACGAAAGGAAGAAAUACUACGACCAGAACGGCCUCAAAACAGCUUCAAAGUCUUCUGAUGCUGCUGCCUCCUCUACCUCUCCCGCCUCGCAGGCUGCUGAGAAGAACAGACAGGAGAAGGAACGAGAGAAGAAGAAGAGGGAGAAGGAGGUAGUGAACAGACCAAGCUCCUCUGAGAAGAAGGUGGAGCUUCAGACAGACUCCAGAGCCAGUCCAAAGAGGAGCCCCGAGCCGGCCAUUGACCUGCUAGGCAUGGAUGCACCUGCAGGUGGAGCUGCAACCAGUGCUACUGCUGCACCAGUCAGCGAUGAGGACAUCUUUGGUCCAAUGGUGUCCAACCCUCUGCCCUCCUGCAACAACACUCAGGCGGUCUCCAGUGCAGCCCCAGGCGCCCCAGCAGUAGCAGCACCCGCGAGGGGAUCGGGGGGUGCAGCUGGCCCCCAGGCUAAUCUGGACCUCUUCAGUGAGAAGAACAGUAGUAGCACCAAGACGGAGGAGGGGGCCAAGAAACCCCUCUCCAAGGACUCCAUCCUCUCCCUCUACAGCAACACUACGGUCAGCCCACAGCCUGCUGGCCCAGCUGCUGCUAUGUAUAUGGGCCAGCCUCCGAUGCAGCAGUUCCCCAGCCAGCCCUCCGGACAGCCUAACUUCCAGACUUACCCCGGAAUGGGCGGCGCUAUGCCACCCACCACCAUGACGGGCGGGGUUAUGGCCCAGGGAGGAGGAGCCAUGAUGGGGCAGAACUCUGGCAUAAUGGUCAGCAUGGCGAUGCCCAACGGUUACAUGGGCAUGCAGCAAGGCAUGAUGGGGCCUCAGGGUGGAGCUAUGCCAGCGGGGGCGGGGACUCCCCAGAUGUACACCGCCAUGCAGCAGCAACAACAGCAGGGCCAGUGGAAUGUGAACCAGAUGACCCAGCAGAUGUCGGGCAUCGCCAUGAGUGGUGGUGUGGCAGUGCCACCCGGCUUUGUCCAACCAGGUGCUCCAGUGGGCAGGGGGGUGGGACCCCCCUCGGGCCAGACCCUCAGUACCCAGCUGUGGAAGUGAGGGAAGGGAGGGGGGAGAGGGAGGCAGAACAACCAUGUCCCCCCCAAAUAUCCUCCUUUAGCCUCUCUCACCAACUGCAAAACAAGAAACAACGCACAGGGGGCAAUCUAUGGACUGCUCCACUGUUCUCCCUCCUCCCCAUUUAUCAUUCCUUUAGAGACCCCUCUCUCCCUCUCUCUGUGUGCUGAGGAGGGUCAAAGGGCAAGGGGGCAGAGUCUCUGGUGAAAACACACUGUGUUUGUCUUUUUACAAGGACUUUUACUUUCCUCCUCUUGACCUUUUUUUUCUUUUGUUAAAAAAAAACAUAUUGGCGAAAGAGAAAAGCUGCUGGACCAAUAAUACAAGCGUCUAAUAAUAAUAAUAAUAAUAUAUCAUUACCAAAACCGAUAGCGAGUAAAUAGAUAUUUAAAUGGAAGAUAUGGAUAUCAUGUUGGUGACCACCCCAUCCCCCAAUCAAUAUUGUGUGUGUAUUAUACUGAACCCCCCUCUGGGCAUUCAGAGCUCCUGUAGCAGAACAUUGUAUGAUCCAGUACUGUGUUACUGUAUGUGUGUCUGAGAUAGAGGCCUCCCACCCCCAGUCAUGUUGUGUUCUACCAUUCGCCAUCUUACUGUGGUGUUUUGUUGUGUGCAGUACAAAAAGAAGCACAGUUAUGUCUGAUUCACACUAUAGUGCCAAGCCAAGCUGUACUGGGCUGGCCUGGUUACGCGUCCACCAUAGUUGCUGGACCCAUGCUGGAAAUGACAAUGUGAAAAGACAAUAUAUAUUAUCUGAGCCAGCACAGUGGUUCGGGGCAGCCCUACAGUGUGAAUCAGGCAUUCGUUUGAGGCAAAUAAACCUGGACGACAGUCGGUGGGGCAGGGAGCUUACAUGGAUGGGUGGGGGAGGGGACCAGAAUACGUCAAAAAAAGAGAUGAUGACAUAACGCUCCAGAUGAUUCAGGAAGUAUGUUGACAUUGGGAGCCUAAUGGAGCUGUCAGGGAUUGGAACAGUUGGCUUAACAUCAUGUGUGCUUACUUCCUGGCCUCUGUGAUGACAUAUUCUCUGUCUAAUCCUGCUUUAUGUCAAUUUAUAGAUUCUAUAGUGGGGAAAGAAGGUGAAGAAAUACUGCAGGGCAAAGGGGGAAAUAGGUGUGCACUAGGAAUAAACAAACAAUAGAACAAACAGACAUACAUUGUGUAGUGUAGUUCCAAGGUAGAGAUUCUAUCCACAUACAGGGUCCCUCUGCCAUGUAAUAACAAGAGAACACACACAGCGCGUCCUCCAGGUUUAUUUCUAGUGGUGUUCAAAUUUUCUGGUGCCUAGUACAGAGAAAAAUGUUAUUUCCGUGCAUUAAACAGUGAAUAGCCAUGAACUAUUGUGACCAUUUUUGUCCAAUGACUAGUUUAUUGUAAAGUUGUUUUUCUUUUGGUUUGUCAUUUUCUUUUCCUGCUUUUACAAGAGGGUCAUUUGGAAUAAAUGUUGUACUCCUGGA